UAUUAUUUACAUUUUAACAUCUAUGCCUGUUGCUUUAGUUUACCAGCCGUGCUUCAGUACCAGAAGUAAACCAUGUGGGAUGUCCUCCGUUUGCACCAGAGAGGUUUUGCUAAAAGUAGUUUAUAAUGUGGUAUGAAACGAUCAAAUAUUGUAAAGUUAUGUAAAUGUAUUUUUGUUUAUAACAGGUAUGAUGGCUGGCCUGCAACCUGUGUGAAAAUAGUUUUUUGACGAGCACUUCAGACACAGUAAGAAGAUAUUCAUCUAUUCGGAACCAGAUGCAUAUGUUUAAAACCUAAAGAUUGUCAAAACGACAUUAUGAAUAACAAGUUCCCAGUGGUGCAGUUCCCCAGGUUAUAUAACAACGGUCCACCACGCAAGAAACCCAGUUCCAUCCCUUCAGUUGAUGGAUGGGGAGAAUACGGGCAUGUUAUGACAAUCGGUACAGCCCAGUCACGCGGAGCUGAUUUGAAGUUUGAGGCCCAGCACAGUUUAAAGGGAGAAAAAUGGAAGCCAGUCGAACCGGUAGCAGUUCCUCUGUUGUCACCGAAUUCAGCCUGCAAGGUUUCCACUGUUACCCCAGCAGAUCUGACUACAAAAGGGAAAAUCAUAAGACGCAUUGGAGAGCAUGAGUCUUUAAAAGGGGCUUUAGACUUCACAGAACAUAUGAGUAAUUUCUACCUUGAUAACUACGAUGAUGCCUUCAGUGCAAUGGGGGGACUCCUAGAGGAACACCUAUAUUUUGGUGAUGGCAGUCUCAAGGGAAGAAUAAGAGAGACUACCAUUGGUGUGUCACAGCUGAAUAAAUUUUUAGAGAAUAUGAAGUACAAAACGUGUCCAUUUACCACUCUUGGUGAUAGAUCGAGGCUCCAGAGCUACCUGUUUGGUGAUAGCAUUUAUGAUAUCCCUCCUGCACUGCUGGCUGAGAACAUCCAUGAGGAGAUGGCUCUGCAGAGAAACAGGGUGCUGUUUGACAGCGCGACCACAGGGGGCGCCCUGGGUUACUUCCCACUCGAGGAGAAAGAACACUUUCAAGAGGGGUGUCUGAUUUACCCAAGCAAAGCUGCCCUGAACUACCUCAAUUUCCGUAAGGUUGUGGUGGAGUUUGGUGAGGAGGAUACGCCAAAGCUAAGCAUGAGAAACAAACCUGUAACAUUUGAACUGAAUGGGACCAUCCGGCAAAUCAGCAUGGGGAAUGUGGAAGAGCAAGUUUAUGUAGGUGUCCGCUCGGAUUAUCUCUGUGGUGUUUGGAGAGUUGACAGCAAAAUGAAACCAGCCUCCCUUCAGGUCAUUCAAACAGAGCAAAUUGCCACUUGCAUCAACGUCAGUCCCCACAUUCCGGGAGAGAUGCUUGUCGUCAGUGAGAGUGGAGCUGCAUAUCUGUGGAGUCUUGAAAGAGGUCUCAAUAAGAUUCGACAUGAAACUGAGAACUUACACUUCAAUGCCCAGUCCUCCUGGAGGUGGUGUGAUUUCACUGCCCACCCUAGAGUGGUGACGUAUGCUGACCGGUCAGGAGUGGACCUUACAGACAUGAGGUCCCCAGAAAAUCAAAGCCAGGCCUUGUUUUCAAUUGGAGAAGCUUCAGAGUGCAGUAAAGGGGAGAGAGUGAUCCUGCCCAAAUAUCUAAGUGAUGUAAAUGCCUAUCACUACCUAAUCACUACACAGUAUUCAGCCUAUAUUGUGGAUGAGCGCUUUCCUUGUCUGCCGGUAAUGAAGUGGGAACACAUGCUGGAGUCUCCACCAAUGUUUUCCCAGGUGUUACCUGGGGAACCCUGGAACAGGAGUAACAAGGUGUUGCUGGCAACUCAGCGCUCACAGGAACUCUUGAUGCUGCAGUAUUCAGGUGGUACCCAGCUUGCUUGCCAGUCUCUUGCUCCUCCUCGGAAACUUUCUAGCCCUCCUGAUUGCCUGAAGCAUCUCCCUGUCCAGAUACCUCACAGAGAAGACGCUGUGAAUGAGAGACUGGGAUCACAUGGGGCAGGUUUGACGGCGCUGUAUCAUCACCGGGCACCAGAGUCCCUGUGUGUGCUCCAGCUGUCUCAGGCAGGAGACAUUUUCUACCAGAUGUUGAGACACGAAAAAAACCCUGACGAAAUAGCGGCAAGAAAUACAGAAACAGAGUCUAGCAACAAAGAGCCUGAAGAAAAUACUGGAGCAACACAGAAGUCAAGUGUGGAGCAGCAAGUUGAAACAGUUGCCAUAGAGAACAUUCUGGAAAGUGAUGAGGAACAAGGGGCUUCCCACCAGCUUGAGAUUGUGGUAAACGACCCUGAAGAGCAGACAGAUUUGGGUGCACAAACAGAGCCUCAAAGUGGGUCACCACAGUUCACACAAGAAAGUGGGUCCCACCUUGGAGACGACGACAAUCAACCUUCCACAGAAACCUGCCACCUGGAUGAAAUGGUGAUCCCCAGCAGAACAGCUCUUGCCAAGUGGAAAACGUGGCUAAAGACUUUUUUUAAAAAGCAACACAAGCUACCCAAGGAAAAAAAAUCCCUCAGAAUUUACAAUGCCAAAAGAAUUCCCAAUUACAGACCAACAUUAGAAAACACAAUUUAUUGCGAUGUGAGAGAGAAAAUGAAGGUGGCAGUUAAAGAGAGGAAGGUAUUAAGCAGCAGCACAACCCAGCUGCACCCACUGGAGAUUGUCACUAUCCCAGACCCUGUGGACCCCUCGUUCUGGACUGAUGAGCUGAGUGAGCGUCUCACUGCUUCCUGGGAGGGCAGGUGGAGCAGCUGGUGGGAGGAUAAGCUGGGGUUAAACCGUGACCAGAAGAUUGAGGCCCUGCGCAGGAAACGGAAGCAGCAGAAGCAGGCCCGGGCUCGCAAACGCAGGGGCCUCUCCCAAAGCUUCACCUCGUCCGCCAGCUACCAGUCUGACCUGUCUGACUUCAGCGACUUUUCAGGGUGGUCCUCGGCAGCUAGCAGUGCUGGAGAAGCCAGUGGCCCAUCCUCGCUACCUGACACAGACACCACCUCGCUGUCUUAUUCAACCCAGAGGUCAAGUCUUAGAGCUGGAACAGUCGCCACAGAUAAUCCAGCAGCAGUUUCCGAUCAAGAGACGGUAUGUUCUCGCCCUUCCAGUAUAAAAGCUUUCCCCUCUUUAGAACUCCCAAGGAUAGGCACUCCGAGGGACCUAAAGAGGAAAACCCAGGAUUGCCUGGCCGCCUUGUCUGAGCCGCAAAAUAGCGUGGAGCAGGAUGAGGACGACAGCUGGUCCUUUCCGUUGGCUUCUUCUUCACAGAGAUCCUCCAUUCCCAAAUCCUCGCAGACAAACCGUUUGGUGAUACCUUCCUCUCAAGGGUCAAUGAUGUCUUCACAGCCCAGGAAGAAAAAGUCAAGAAUGGGCUUCUAAGUUGUCAAAGGCGAGAUGGAUAACAAACUAAAGUAAACAAUUAAAUGUUUGCUAAAAUGUUCCUUCCCUAUGAACUGCAACUUUCAGGUCUCCAUAGACUGCUCUGUACUAACUGAUUCAUGCUGUCUGUCUACACGGCAUUAAAAACAUAUUCGAGUUGCCAUGAAAUGAGACCGCUGCCCAGAUACAAUUAUUUAAGUGUAGACUUCAUAGACAGGAUUUACAUUUUGUUUAUGAUGCCACUAUUGUACUAAUACUGUAGUAUAUAGAUUUACUUUUUUUCUUAUUUUGUUGCUUCAGUUAUUAUUAUUAUUUGUUUAUUUAGCAGACGCCUUUUAUCCAAGGCAACUUACAGAGACUAGGGUGUGUGAACUAUGCAUCAGCUGCAGAGUCACUUACAACUACAUCUCACCCGAAAGACGGAGCACAAGGAGGUUAAGUGACUUGCUCAGGGUCACACAAUGAGUCAGUGGCUGAGGUGGGAUUUGAACCAGGGACCUCCUUGUUACAAGCCCUUUUCUUUAACCGCUGGACCACACAUCCUCCUAUAAAGGGUAUAAAAAGGCACUGUGAUCCAGUUAAGUGUUUUGCUGAUAAAUGUAACAUGUUAAAUAUGAAAAUGGAAGUUUUUGUUGGAAUGAAUUAGAUAUGGAAGAAGCACAUUUGCUUAAAUUGAAUAAGAAAAAUGCAGCACCAUGAAUUUUCUUUAAUUUUAAAGAAAUUAUCUGGUGAAAUAAAACAUGACUGAUCUGUACUACAAAAAGCUCUGAGUUUGUAUAUAAUUCCACUGAUAUUAACGAAAUACACAGAAAACUGUUUUGUCAACUAAACCACAGUCAGACAGAACAACUCAACAGAAACGUGAA